AUGUUACAUGCAAAAUCCACUGCAUUAGAAGUUAUUCAAGCUUUAAAUGCCGAUCUCACAGAUAAAACAGUUUUAAUUACCAGAGGAACUGCAGGGAUUGGACUUGAAACAGCAUGCGCACUAGCUACAAUGCAUGCGCAUGUGAUAAUUACAGGACGUGAUAUGGUUAAAGGUGGUUUUGAAUAUAAUUGGGGUAUUACUUAUUUAUCACAUUUUUUACUUGCACAACUUUUAUUACCAGUAUUAAAAAGAAAUCAAUCAUCACGUAUAGUUGUUGUUAGUUCAUUAGCUAAUCAUUGUGCUGGAAUUGAUUUUGAUGAUUGGAAUUAA